GAACUGCUGGUUGCAUCUCAGCCUGGAAGGGGGUGAUCUGCAUCGGAGCUUCUGCAGCCCAGGGACGGAACAGGCAGGUUCCCUGGACAGGCAUCUCUUCUCUUGAGAAACUCCAAGCAACUAUGGCCCUCUGUUGCAAAAAAUGUGAUUUCUCAAAGGUCUGGCACAGACCUUCCUUCCAAUGACGGUUGUUGGGUCCUUUGUAACCCUCCUGUCCUCCUUGGCCGUUCUCUUCUCAUUCUGGAAGCCGCCGACAGAUAACGGUUGUCUCUUCUUGCUCUGCUAUCCAUCACUCAGCCUGGGAAACCUGCCUUUCCUUGGCAGCGUCUCAACAGCCAGCUGGAAACGUUACAGCUGUUGACCAAGGAUGGCCAUCCCGCAGAGCCGAAAUUGCAGAGGACGGCGACAAGGUUUUUUUUUUUUUGCAAGAAAUCCUCGAUCAUUUUGGUGCCUUGGUUUCUUUUCUUCUUUUUUUUUUUCUGCACCGCUUCCAGCUCUCCAAAAUCUUGUUUGAAAUUUGCCCACGUGUGUUUGGGAUCGUAAAUCUUUCCUGGUGUCGUUUCACCCUUAUUAGGCACUUCAACAGUUUUAUGUACCAUUAGCGGCGUUGACCAUGGAGCCUUCCAACAACUCUACGGUGUCCUCCAACAACAGUGAUAUGUUCAACAAGUUUGUCCACCUGGACGGAGAGCUAUCGGAGAGAUUUCAUACCUUAUGGAUUGUCCUGGUAGUGAUCAAUACCAUCAUCUUUCUGAUGGGUGUGGUGUUGAACUCUGUAGCUCUCUACGUCUUCUGCUUCCGCACCAAAACGAAAACCACGUCGGUCAUCUACACCAUCAAUCUUAUCAUCACCGAUCUGCUGGUGGGUUUCUCUUUACCGGUCCGGAUCAUUGUCCACUACAGCGCCAAGGACUGCCACACCUGUGCCCUCGUCCACAUUUUCACCUACUUUGUCAACAUGUACUGCAGCAUCCUCUUCCUCACUUGUAUCUGCAUUGACCGGUACUUGGCUAUUGUCCAGGUAGAAGCUUCGCGCAAGUGGAGGAACCCCAACUACGCCAAAGGUAUCUGUGCUUUCAUCUGGACUUUCGCCACCGUCAUCACCUUCUCCAUCCUCAUCGUGGCCAUGAAGUUCUCCUACUGCUGCAUUGCGCAGAUCCUGCCCUUGAUGGUCUGCGAGUACUUCUUCCCGCUGAUCGUCCUGACGUUCUUCACAACCAGGAUCAUGUGCGCGCUUUCCAAGCCCACCCUCAUGCACCAGAGUCGGGAGAGGCGGAUGCGAGCCGUUCAGCUCCUCAUCACGGUCCUCCUCAUCUUCAUGAUCUGCUUCACCCCUUUCCACGUGCGCCAGCUGGCCAUCGCCAUCAACCCCGCCAUGUCCUACGACCUCAGCUUGGUGGUGUACCACGUGACGGUCACCUUGAGCAGCCUCAACAGUUGCAUGGAUCCCAUUGUCUACUGCUUUGUCACCAACAAUUUCCAGUCCACUAUGAAAAACAUCUUCAGGAAGUCGGAGCUGGAGCAAGCCAGCGGAGAGGUCAUCAGCGUCAACAAAGGCUCCGGUUCGAACGCGCUCAUGGCGUUUGCGAACGCUAUAGGGAAUCCCUUGGGGUUGCCUUUGCCCAGCAGCACCCCAAACUCCUAGACUCGAGGGGCCCUCUACGAGGACAGAACGGAUAUCUGCUAUUCCUUUUCGGCUAAAACAUUUUUUUUCCCUUUCUCUCUAAACAUCGUAGCUGGGUUCCAGAUUUUGUCAAGCUCUCCGAUAUGACACACUCAAGUUUAUUUAUGGCAGCUGGUGUUGUCAUCUGGGAAAUUACUUGGAUUGCGUCGGGCAUUCCAGAUUCCUAAGAGUUUCCCCGAUUCAGGAAUUUGCGGAGAAAGGAACGUGCACAGCGCCGUAUUUUGCUAGCAUAGAGGCAUAGAAUAACAACGUUGGAAGGGACCUUGGAGGUCUUCUAGUCCUGCUCCUGCUCAAGCAGGAGACCCUGUAACAUUUCAGACAAGUCCAGACUCUUCUUGAAAGCCUCCAGUAUUGUUGGGGCACCCAUAACUCCUGAAGAAAGCCCGUCUACUGGUUGCUUGUUCUCACGGUCAGGAAAUAUCUCCUUGGUAUUAGGUUGCUUCUGUCCUUGGUUAGUGUCCAUCUACCGUUUCUCAUUUUACGUUUUGGUGCUUUGGAAAAUAAUUUGGCAUCCCCCCCCUCCUCUUCUUUGUGGCAGCCCUUCAAAUAUUGGAAUAUUACUAUCGUGAAACCUUGUUUUCACUAGACUAACAGUAACAGAGUCGGAAGAGACCUUGGAGGUCAUCUAGUCCAACCCCCUGCUCACCCAGAAGACCUGUACUAGGGAUUCGAACCGCCGAACUGCCGACCUUUCCGAUCGACAAGCUCAGCGUUUUAGCCGCUGAGCCACCAAGUCAGGUUAUAGACCUACCCAAUUCCUGCAAUCGUUCUUGAUUUGUUUUAGCCUCCAGCGGCCCCAUCUUGGUCGCUCUUCUCUGCACUCUUUCCAGAGUCUCGACAUAUUUUUUUUUGUUUUUAUAUUGGGGUGACCAAAAGCAGAUGCAGUAUUCCACGUGUGGUCUUACUAAGGCUUUGUAAAGUCGCACUAAUACGUCACGUGCUCUAUUUAAGAUGAUCUGUAAGACCAGGGCAGGGAGAAAAUGGAUUUUAUAGUGCCUGUUCUUAUACUUCGGAUGGAAAAGAGAUAGUUACCAAGUUUGCCUUUUUUGAAAUGAGAAUAAUUCAGGAUCGCUGUCACUCUGGCAAAUGGGGCUGGUUAUUUGAAACGAUUUGACGCCUAACCCCACUGAAUGCCAAAGCUAUGACAGUAAUAAAAGAAACAUCUACAGUUGUGAUGCACUGUACUUUGUGCUGUGAGAGAAAUUUGUUUCUCAAGAAUGUUUUUGAUUCCUGCAAAAAGGAAUCCGGGAUGACUGACUGAAAUUAAACGUUGCAUCGAGUGGAAAGCAAAUCCCAGUGGGCCGUUUCAAUGCUUUUUUAAAAAAAAAAAAACACCAACA